CUACCAUGCCUUCCCUCCAUUGUUUUCCAUCCAAGAUCUCGUGGAAAAAGCACUCAGCAACUCAACAUUCGUCGACACGCGUGACACAAUCAACACUUGGAACAUCGCUCUCGCAGCAAAGCCUUCCAAUUCCUCGUUCUCCGCUCUAGCAGAUUCAGCAUCUCGACGAACAAAAUCUAUAUCCCUCUUUCGAGGCGCCGCAGCAGCGGUUGCGCUCUCCCUUAUAAUAAGCCUCGCGAACGUCUUUGCCUUUUUUGCGCUAGCCGUCUUCUGUCCCUUGAUGGAAGACAAAACCGAGCUCAAAUACCGGACUACGAUCUUUAGUAUCGCAGUUUUUGACUCCUUGCUAUUUGCUGGCGCAAUUGUGAUGUUCUCCUCCGCGAUGUUAAUCGGGCCUGCUGCUCUAGCUUCAUUGGACGACGCCUCGACGCGAUUGUUUGCGAAUCGGGUUGCGAACCAAGUUGCGAACCAUGUUGAGAUAGGAAUUGUUGUUGCGCUGGUUGCACUGCUCUGUCGGAUCAUGAGUGUGCCGAUCAUUGCACUGUUUUUUUCUUAGCAUAGUAUUCAGUGAGAUUCUGCUCAUAGUUCUCGUGGGGUAUGUGAUAUGGAAGUUUACGGUUAAGAUAACGGAGAACCAUCAACCUGUG